UUAAUUGUGUUCUUCUUCCCGCACUUCGCAUUGUGGCGCGAAACCGACGUCUUCUCGAGUGACUUAAAAAUAUAAUAUCUUUUUAAUUUGUAAUAAUAAUAAAGGGAGUAUAAUAAAUAAAGAGAUAACUAGUGCGAUCUGUGCCACACAAACAACAGUUAUCCUUUUGUAUUCGGGAACAUGUUCCAGCUGCGAUCAAUAUUUAUUAUAUUUCUAAUUUUUCUAUUACAAUAUUCGCAAGGGCAGGAUGCGAAUUGUGAUUUUCAACAAAAUGUGACGGUGGGUCGCACGUACUACGUGUACAGUCCCCGGUACCCGAGCAACUACCCUGCGGGGGUGCAGUGUCGCUGGAUCGCCAACUGUCCCCCGGGAUACAACUGCAGGGUGGACUGCACCGACGUAGACCUACCUGCGUCACCGUCAUGCUCUGUGGACCGUCUCCUUAUAUCGAAGACUGGCGACCCGCAGCUGACCGCGGCCGACUACUACUGCGGUCGAGGCUCCGUCACUGCUGUGUCCACCGCCCAGCGUCUGAGUAUCGGUCUGAUAAUUUCGGCGAGGUCUCCCGGAGGGCGGUUCAUGUGUACUCUCACAGCCCAGGCUGAUAAUACAGCGAACCAGUGCUCAUGUGGAUACAAGAAAAGGAAUCGCAUCGUCGGCGGUCAGGAGACGUACCCGAACGAGUAUCCCAUGAUGGCGGGUCUGGUGUACGUGUCCCAGCGGCAGAUCCGCUGCGGCGCCGUCAUCAUCGACCGCCGGUACGUGCUCACCGCCGCCCACUGCGUCGUCAACAAGAUGGUCAGUGACCUGGCUGUUAUAGUGGGCGAGCAUAAUGUGUCCACUGGCGGUGACUCGCCCGCAACUCAAGGUUUCAGAGUUUCCUCCUAUAUUGUGCACCCGCAGUUUAAUCCGUCAACAUUUGACUACGACAUCGCGAUAGUGAACCUGGUGGGUAUGAUCACGUUCAGCGAGUACGUGGGGCCGGUCUGCCUGCCCUUCAAGUACGCCAACAGGGACUUCGCCGGGAGUAAAGUCACCUUAUUAGGUUGGGGCACACAGAUGACUGGUGGUGAGACCUCCGACGUCCUACGCAAGGUGGACGUGGAGGUGAUCAGCCAGGCGUCCUGUCAGCGCGCCGUCACCUCGCUGACGCCGCGACAGAUGUGCACCUACACGCCGGGGAAGGACGCUUGCCAGGACGACUCCGGCGGCCCCGCUCUGUUCACGGACCCCACCACCGGGCUGCUUUUCAACAUCGGCAUCAUCAGUUUCGGCCGACUGUGUGCCACCGCAGGAGACCCCGGUGUCAACACACGAGUCACUGCUCUACUCGACUGGAUAGUCAUGAACGCUCCUGCUGAUUAUUGUAGAAAAUAAAAAUUAUAUUCAUUA